AUGGAGGACAACCUGCCCCCGGGCUUCACCCCGGGCUACACCUUGAGCGGCAGCACCAGCCACUCCAGGGCCUACGACCUUCUUGUGAAGAAGGCAGCAGACCUCGUGAGACAGGAAGAUGUACAACGGGCCAGCCCACCUCGCCUCUCAGCCACCACCACCACAGCAAAAUGUCGCACGAGGAAACUGAGAGACGCCACCAGCUUCCUGCGCAAGGGGGAUGCCCCGAGCACUCCCAGGCGUACUCGAAGGGCGACGAAAACCUCGGCCUUCCCGCGGCGCACACCACGGGCGAAAACAGACAAGGCAGAGAACGGCACAAACCUCCCUGCUUCCAACGACGUCCCCCCUCAAUACGAGGCAACACAGCAGACGGCCGCCGCCAUUUUCUCGCCGCAAACGUCGUCUGCCACCGCCAUUGAAGGAGCCCCCGCCAUCCCUCCAUUUCCCAAGAAUGGCAAGGAAUGCAACCAAGGAGAGACGGAGCUGGAAGAAAACCUGUCUUCCCUCCCUCGCCAACAGAGCUACAGGAACACCAGUCACGAGUUCCCCUCUCCCUCCUCGUGCUCGCAAGUCACCCCGGCAUUCUCCCCUCCCGCCGUCUCAACCGCGGAGAGCAGCCCGACCGGUUCCCCACCUGCCCCCUCCGCAGCAACUGCCUCCCCACCUGAACAAGCUCGAGAGGCCGCGGCCACCGCAAACAGCCCGGGAGCCCUUUUCCCUCCUGCCCCCAACCCUGAUAUCACGGCGUCAGCGAAGAAGGGAAGCAAACAGCUGACACAACAAGCAGCACAAGCGAGCGGCGAGGCCCCCCCAAAAAGGAGCCAGCCCCUCACUCGCCCAAGCUGUGUAUUGGGCACCCUAACUACUGAAACGGAGGCAGCAGCCUUUCCCCUGCUCCCCCCUACCGGUGCCCCCCCUGGCACCCCUCUGUGCGCCCCACUUGUUUCAGCUCCACAGAGUGCCCUUGCAAUACCAAAAACGAAAGCAAGUGCUCAGAAUGCUGCUGCGCCUCGCCGCCCCGCACCCCGGGCCAACGCCAGCGGCCCUGUGGAGACGGUCCUUUACCGGCCCAGGAACAGGAGAACAAACUUUCGCUCAUCCACACAGGAGGCCAUCUCCUCGUUCCUGGCCACAGUAGACGGUGUGGUUCGCGUCCGUGUCAAUUUCCGACGCAACGUCGUCGCCGCAGACACGCCCACCGGCUCUCCACUUGACCCGCUACUCAGCAUCAGCGACAUAUGCGGCAUCGCUGUGCGUGCGAGGCAAGCCGCAAACAACACGUGCAGCGGCAUCAUAUUCGGUGUUGACACGGCACUCGGAGAGGAAGAGAUCCGGGAGAACAUCUCAUCGAACCUCCCUGUGACCUCAUGCUCUCGUUCCGGGCACAACAUCAUCGUCCGCUUUGAGGGCAGCAAGCCACCCACGGAGGUUGCCCUCUACAAGCAGCGCCGUACCGUCAAACCACGACGCCCGCGGCCUGUCGAGUGUGGCCGCUGCCUACGGUACGGCCACGUAGAAGCGGCUUGCACUUUCGACCAGCGCUGCCUCCGCUGUGGGGGUGCCCACGAGCCCGCCGAAUGCACGGCCGCAACACCGAAGUGCAUAUUCUGCGGCGACAAACACCCCGCCACACGAACCAUGUUGCCCUCGCUGGCAGAGGGAGCGCCAACUGGCAGAAGCCCGCACCCAAGCCAGGAGAGAGCCGGGACACCAUGA